GGCCGGCCUGCGCUUGCGCAGUGCUCCGACAACUUCCCGAGUGCGCUGACAACUUCCGGUUUGGUUUCCCCGCCUCCUGCGAGGCUAAAGCUGUUGGGGCUCGUCUGUGGCCGCGGUGGGGUGGAGGGGGCAGGGCGUGGUGGGUCAGGUGAGUGCCGGAGCGGGGUUCCCUGGAGCCAUGGCCUGCUCCAUUGUCCAGUUCUGCUACUUCCAGGACCUCCAGGCCGCCCGGGACUUCCUCUUCCCUCACCUGCGGGAGGAGAACCCCAGCGGCGCCGUGCGGAGGGACCCCAGUAAAUCAACAAACUGGGAAGAUGAUGGUUGGGGAGCAUGGGAAGAAACAGAACCUCAAGAACCUGAGGAAGAAGGAAAUACUUGCAAAACACAAAAAACUUCCUGGCUCCAAGAUUGUGUUUUAUCCUUGUCUCCAACCAAUGAUCUUAUGGUCAUAGCUCGGGAGCAAAAAGCUGUAUUUCUAGUGCCAAAAUGGAAAUAUAGUGAUAAAGGAAAGGAAGAAAUGCAAUUUGCUGUUGGUUGGAGUGGUUCUUUAAAUGUUGAAGAAGGGGAAUGUGUAACUAGUGCUUUAUGUAUCCCACUAGCAAGUCAAAAGAGGAGUUCUACCGGACGUCCCGACUGGACCUGCAUUGUGGUGGGUUUUACUUCAGGUUAUGUACGCUUCUACACCGAGAAUGGUGUGCUCUUGCUUGCUCAGCUUUUGAAUGAGGAUGCAGUUCUUCAGCUUAAAUGCAGGACCUAUGAAAUCCCACGACAUCCUGGCGUGACUGAGCAGAAUGAAGAGUUGAGUAUCUUAUAUCCAGCUGCCAUUGUGACUAUCGAUGGAUUUAGCCUUUUUCAGUCUCUUCGUGCUUGUCGAAAUCAGGUAGCAAAAGCUGCAGCAUCAGGCAAUGAGAAUGUACAACCACCACCGUUAGCUUAUAAGAAAUGGGGUCUACAAGAUAUUGACACGAUUAUUGAUCAUGCUAGUGUCGGUAUUAUGACUCUGUCCCCCUUUGAUCAAAUGAAGACUGCUUCCAAUAUAGGUGGAUUUAAUGCAGCAAUUAAAAACAGUCCACCUGCCAUGUCUCAGUAUAUCACUGUAGGGUCCAAUCCAUUUACUGGCUUCUUCUAUGCUUUAGAGGGAAGCACACAACCAUUAUUAUCUCAUGUUGCACUAGCAGUUGCAAGUAAACUCACUUCUGCUUUAUUUAAUGCUGCCAGUGGUUGGCUUGGUUGGAAAAGUAAGCACGAAGAAGAAGCUGUUCAAAAGCAAAAGCCUAAGGUUGAACCAGCUACCCCAUUAGCUGUAAGAUUUGGACUCCCAGAUUCUAGACGCCAUGGUGAAAGCAUAUGUCUGUCUCCAUGUAACACGCUGGCAGCAGUAACAGAUGAUUUCGGCAGAGUUGUUUUAUUGGAUGUAGCUAGAGGAAUUGCAAUACGCAUGUGGAAAGGGUACCGAGGUGCACAAAUUGGAUGGAUUCAAAUUGUAGAGGACCUCCAUGAAAGAGUACCAGAAAAGGCAGAUUUUUCCCCUUUUGGAAAUACUCAGGGCCCAAGUCGAGUAGCUCAGUUCCUUGUGAUCUAUGCGCCAAGAAGGGGAAUAUUAGAAGUGUGGAGCACACAGCAGGGACCUAGAGUAGGAGCUUUCAAUGUGGGGAAGCACUGCAGGCUAUUGUAUCCCGGGUAUAAAAUAAUGGGCUUAAAUAACGUUACCAGUCAGAGUUGGCAGCCACAGACUUACCAGAUCUGUCUUGUUGAUCCCGUGUCUGGAAGUGUGAAAACAGUAAAUGUUCCUUUCCACCUAGCACUGAGUGACAAGAAGAGUGAACGAGCGAAGGACAUGCACUUAGUGAAGAAACUGGCAGCCUUACUGAAAACAAAAUCUCCCAAUCUUGAUUUGGUUGAAACAGAAAUAAAGGAAUUAAUUCUUGAUAUUAAAUACCCUGCAACCAAAAAACAAGCUUUGGAAAGCAUUUUGGCAAGUAAACGUUUACCAUUUUCCUGUCUUAGAAACAUCACUCAGACUUUAAUGGACACUUUGAAAAAUCAAGAGCUUGAGUCUGUUGAUGAAGGAUUGCUACAGUUUUCUGCCAAUAAACUGAGAUUGCUGCAUCUUUAUGAGUCUGUCAGUCAAUUAAAUUCCGUUGAUUUUCAUUCAGACACACCAUUCUCUGAUGAUGACUUGGCUGUGUUACUAAGGCUUGAUGAAAACGAACUGCUUAAGCUCCAAGCGUUAUUAGAGAAAUAUAAACAGGAGAACUUCAGGACUAAUGUUCGGUUUUCUGAUGAUAAAGAUGGUGUGCUGCCUAUAAAAACAUUCCUAGAAUAUUUAGAAUAUGAGAAAGAUGUGCUCAACAUAAGGAAGAUAAGUGAAGAGGAAUAUGUGGCUUUAGGCAGUUUCUUUUUUUGGAAGUGUUUGCAUGGAGAAAGCUCCACUGAGAAUAUGUGUCACACUUUGGAGUCUGCUGGACUUAGCCCUCAGCUGUUGUUGUCUCUGCUCCUGAGUGUUUGGCUUUCUAAGGAAAAAGAUAUUUUGGAUAAACCGCAGUCUGUCUGCUGUCUUCAUACAAUGCUGUCCCUCCUGAGCAAGAUGAAAGUGGCUAUCGAUGAGACCUGGGAUUCCCAAUCCGUGUCCCCUUGGUGGCAGCAGAUGCGCACGGCCUGUAUUCAGUCUGAGAACAACGGAGCUGCCCUAUUGUCUGCACAUGUUGGGCAUUCUGUUGCUGCACAGAUAUCGAACAACAUGACGGAGAAAAAAUUUUCCCAAACAGUUUUAGGCGCUGAUUCAGAGGCCCUCACUGAUUCCUGGGAGGCCCUUUCUCUUGACACUGAAUACUGGAAACUCCUGCUGAAACAACUGGAGGAUUGUCUCAUACUUCAGACUCUGCUUCACAGCAAAGGAAAUACUCCAACCUCCAGAGUGUCAUCACUACAGGCUGAGCCACUUCCAAGGCUUUCUGUUAAAAAAUUACUAGAAGGAGGAAAAGGUGGCAUUGCAGACAGUGUAGCCAAGUGGAUAUUUAAACAAGACUUCAGCCCUGAAAUAUUAAGACUGGCUAAUAAACAAAGAGAUGUUGAAAACCCAGAUGAACCCCAAGAAGGUAUUCACAGAGGUUUCCUUGAGGUAUCAGAGGUGGAGAUGGACUUGGGAGCCAUACCAGACUUGCUGCAUUUAGCCUAUGAGCAGUUCCCUUGUAGCCUUGAGCUAGACGUGCUGCAUGCACAUUGCUGCUGGGAGUAUGUUGUUCAAUGGAAUAAAGAUCCAGAGGAAGCACGUUUUUUUGUUAGGUCAAUAGAACAUUUGAAGCAUAUUCUUAAUGCACAUAUUCAGAAUGGCAUUGCGUUGAUGAUGUGGAAUACGUUCUUAGUUAAACGUUUUUCUGCUGCUACCUACUUAAUGGAUAAGGUUGGAAAAGCACCAAAGGAUAGGUUAUGCCGAAGGGAUGUGGGAAUGAGUGACACAGCAGUGACAUCUUUCCUUGGCUCCUGCUUGGAUCUUCUUCAGACUUUAAUGGAGGCAGAUGUUAGCAGGGAUGAAAUGCAGGUCCCUGUCCUGGAUACUGAGGAUGCCUGGCUCUCGGUGGAAGGACCAAUCUCAAUAGUGGAACUGGCCCUUGAACAGAAGCACAUCCACUACCCGCUGGUGGAGCACCACUCCAUCCUGUGCUCCAUCUUGUACGCAGUCAUGAGGUUUUCCCUGAAGUCUGUGAAGCCACUUUCGCUUUUUGACAGUAAGGGAAAAAAUGCAUUCUUCAAAGACCUAACUUCAAUUCAGUUAUUACCUAGUGGGGAAAUGGAUCCAAAUUUUAUUUCUGCACGACAACAGUUCUUACUGAAAGUUGUCAGUGCAGCUGUCCAGGCCCAACAUUCAGUCAGAAAGGACAAGGAUCCCUCAGAAGAGGCAACAGCCACUCUUUUCGGGAAAGACCAAGACUGGCCAGUUCUAGCUGUGGAUUUAGCCCAUCACCUUCAAGUGAGCGAGGACGUUGUCAAACGGCAUUAUGUUGGGGAACUCUACAACUAUGGAGUUGACCACUUGGCAGAAGAGGCCAUUCUACAGGUUCACGACAAAGAGGUCCUUGCCUCUCAGCUGCUCGUGCUGACGGGGCAGAGGCUGGCGCACGCGCUGCUCCACACGCAGACCAAAGAGGGAAUGGAGUUGCUUGCCAGACUCUCGCCCACGCUGUGCACCUGGCUGAAAGCAAUGGAUCCCCAGGAUCUGCAAAACACUGAAGUGCCAAUUGCAACAACAGCAAAACUAGUAAAUAAAGUAAUUGAGCUUUUACCAGAAAAACAUGGGCAGUACAGUCUAGCCUUACACCUCAUUGAAGCUGUGGAAGCCAUCUCCAUUCCUUCCUCAUGACACUCACCCACUGACCGUCGUCUACAGCUGUGUGAUUACAACACGAAUUAGUGCAUGGUUAUUUUACAUAGUAAGAUCUGGAAUUUUUGGAGAGUAUGUCUUUUUUUCUUUUGUAAAAAAAAAUUAAAAUAUAUAUAACUUUUAGAAAGUACAAUCCUGGCUAAACUUCACUUCUUUGGUUAAUACUGAAGAUAAAAUAUGAACAAAUCAAUUACACUACAAUUAAUACAGAUGUUUUACUGUUUAUUUCUAAUUCAGACACUGAAGUAGCUUUACUGUUAAAACUUUGCUAUUUAAAAUUGGUUAUAAUUUACAGAUUACGUUCUUAUAGGAUUCUAUAUUUCACAUCUAAAAUGUUAUUGUUGUAAUUAAAUUUAAAUGUGUUCAUGUACAGUCCUCAUCAGUGGAGUUAGAGAUACAUCCCACUGUUUUAAUAAAUGUUAUGAAAAUGCUUUUGUUUAUCAUGCUUGAAACCCCAUACUGGGCUGCCACCCGGGAGUUCUGGAUGCUGGAAGGUUCCUUUCCCAGAGGUUCUGCUGUUGCCAUCAGAGGAGGAUGGCCUUGUUUGAGGAGGAAGAAUGGGUUCAGGAUCAUCCUGUUUAUCAGAAGGGACACUACAUAGAACCCUUAACCUGUUGUACUUGCCAAAAUUGAGAAUCUGAGAUGCAAACGAUGCAGCAAAUUAAUUAUCAUGUAAGUUAAGAUUUGCUUCUUGCCAAGUUGCAAAGUUGUAUCCAUAUCAGGUAAUUGUAAAAAUGUAUUAUCUUGUAAAACUUAUGUAAAAAAAAAAGGCAGAGAUACUAAAAAUUUUUAAGUCCAACUUUAUUUUUCCUACAAGUGUUUAGAAAUGUCUACUUCUGGGAUUUGGUAAUGUUUUCUGUCCUUUGGAACAGUACAGAAAAAAAUGCUUAGUGGUAUUAAAGCUUUAGCAAACCUACCUCACAGCUGGGUUGAGAGGAUAAAAUACAACUAAUUUUGUACCCUAUUGUGCCUAGAACAGUCCAAGUGCUAAAUAAAUAUUUACUGAUUAAAACCAAACUGUAGCCACUUGGGAGGCUGAGGUGGGAGGAUUGCUUGAGCCCAGGAGUUCAAGACCAACCUUGGCAAUAUAGUGAGACCCUCAUCUCCCACAACAAAAACAAAACCCCCUAACACUCUAUUAAAAAAGUGCUUUAAGCUCUACAAAUACCAAGUACUUAUUACAGUCUAUCUUUAGAAUGUAGCCAGACAGGGCAAUUACUAGUAUCUGUCAUGGAUCACCAUUGUUAUGAUUCAUAGUAGAGUAACUCACUGUGAUACAGAGGUAUGUUUCUUCACUUCCUUGUAAAAAGCCAACUCUAGCAAUUGUACAGGGUGGAGGAGUAUAGGUCCUUUAGGGACAUACUCCUGAUGUUUGAGUUAAGAGAUCACAUCCAAAUAAGAAUUUAACUGGCUAAAACUUAGUAACUGUUUAAGUAACUGUCAAAUUUAAAAUCAUGCAAGAUAAAUGUUUAAGAUGUCUUGAGUAUUUUAUUUGGGGUAAGGGCCUGUGAGUCUGAUCGAGGCACGUAUUUUGUAGCGUGGCAGCAAUGCAAAGGGCCUUAAGCUAGUCCAGCCUCCCAGCCUCUGCUUGGUUUCCACUGCCCCAGCGGGACACAUUCUAGAAUUCUUGUACACAUGUCUAGCUUUAUAGAAGUAGUCACUUGUUAUUUAUGUUGUAAGAGAUUAGUUCUUCCUGUGGUUUUUCUAAAUACUUUGAAAGUAGUAUGAAUUUAAGGAGGCUGGUCCAAGAAACUUAGAAUUAUAGGCAUUUUUAAAGAUUAAAUCCUCAAUUCCAUUAUCCCUUUAGGGGGAUACUUAAGCAUUUUAGAUAAUAAAACUGGUUAAACUUACUCUGGUAGGACACAUAAAUCUGGGAGUUGCUGAGAAUAAUAAGCUGAAAUAUGACUCCCAGAACCAUAACACAAAUCAUUGAGUCUCUAGUUAUAUUUGUUAUCUUAAAAUUUAACAUUCACAGAAUUUUAAGAAGUUGAAUUCGGAGUUGUAUGGCUAAGAAAAUCAGUUAAAUACUACUUCGUCAAGGACUUGUAAAAUAAAUAUGAUAGGAAGAAAGAAAAAUAAACACGUAUGUAUACAUUCCAUAACAAUGAAGAGCCACAAAUAAAGGAGUUAGAUUUGAUGUAGAAUGGGUGGUUUCUGAAACAAAGGCAUGUGGCACUUACUGCAGUUAUUGAUGGGAAGCCAAUAAUCAGUAGUGUUUUCCUAGACAUAUUCCCCACCAUCCCCACACAUCUUUCUUCAUUAAUGUUAAAUACAUUUUUAUCUUGUUAAAUUAAUUCUAUUGUAUAAUGCUGAAAAAAAACAAAAGUAUUAAAAUAAUCAUGACUUCUACAUUACAGGUUGUGUUUAGAUGUAGAACUAGAGGGGCUAGGAUAAAUGUAGAUAAAGAGGUAUAUAGAACCAAGCUUCUAAACGCUUCAUACUUUUGCAAAAAGAACAAAAAGUUUCACCUUAGUUAUAAAAAUUCAUCUAUGGUCAAAGUAAACACUGUUACAUUUAAAUUGCUUUUUUAAAACAUGGUUAAUUGCAAUCUAAAAUCACAAAAAACAGAUUUAAUAAUAUUAGGCUUACAUUAAAUAUAACAUUCACUUAGAGGAGGAGUUGUGGUCCAUUUCAUUUAUAAGAGACAAAUAUUUUUACUGUCCACUUUAGCAACAGGAAAAGCCAUCUCUCACCCUGAUAGAGGUGGGUUUGCUGGGCUUCUGAAAGUUAGAUUUCUGCUGAAAAGAUUUGGCCAUCCUUAAAAGAGUUCAAUCCAAUGCUGAAUUGUUUAUAAAAUGAAUAUUAUUUAUCUGUUGUAUUGUAAGUAGUGAAAUUCUGUAUAUACUGCUAUUUUCUGUGUCUGUUCAUUGUUGUGAACUUAUAUAUAUUAGUGAAAUAAAUUUUCAGCUUUCAUGUU